AAUUAAUGGAGGACAAAUUCACUACAAAUACAGAUCGAAAAAAAUAAAUAAACGUUUUAAUAUGGCAAAUGUCUGCUCGUGGACUCGUCUUUAUAUGGCAAUUUGGUAAUGAAAUCCCAAAUUGAUUCAUCAAAUCCCUAAAUCAAAGAACAGCAUUCAAGCUCAUGCUCCACUCCACUUCUUCUCAUCAAAUGUUUAGACCACACAUGGUUAAACCCAUCAAAUUUUCCCAAAUAUUUUCCAAUAACAUAGGCAUAAAGUUAGGAAUUUCUGCAGGUCACAGCUUCCGCUGCAGCUUGAGGAUUCCACCAAUCAUGGCUACUUCAAUUUCCACUGCCGCCACGACUCAGCAGCAGCACGUUUCAACUCAGAGCGAGUCGUCUCCGAACUCUGCGACUCGGCCUCUCCAGAUUGCGAAGCGGUUGGAGAAGUUUAAAACGACAAUUUUCACACAAAUGAGCAGCCUCGCAAUCAAGCACGGCGCUAUCAAUCUUGGACAGGGCUUCCCCAAUUUUGAUGGUCCGGAGUUUGUGAAAGAAGCUGCUAUUGAGGCCAUUCGAGACGGUAAGAAUCAGUAUGCUCGUGGAUAUGGAGUCCCCGACUUGAACUCAGCCGUUGCUGACCGUUUUAGGAUCGACACCGGGCUCGUGGUCGAUCCAGAGAAGGAAGUUACGGUCGCCUCCGGAUGCACGGAAGCAAUAGCUGCGACGAUUCUAGGCCUUAUAAACCCCGGUGAUGAAGUCGUCGUCUUUGCUCCGUUCUACGACUCAUAUGAAGCCACUCUGUCCAUGGCUGGCGCUAAAAUAAAGUCCAUCACCCUAAAGCCCCCGGACUUCUCCGUCCCGAUUGAUGAGCUGAAGUCCGCUGUCACGAAGAACACCCGCGCCAUCCUGAUGAACACUCCGCACAACCCUACCGGUAAAAUGUUCACAACAAAGGAGCUUGAGAUCAUUUCCUCGUUGUGCACGGAGCAUGACGUGUUGGUGUUCUCCGACGAAGUUUAUGACAAGCUGGCCUUCGAGAUGGACCACGUCUCCAUCGCCUCACUCCCAGGGAUGUACGAGUGGACCGUGACCCUGAACUCACUUGGGAAGACGUUCUCACUGACCGGGUGGAAGAUCGGGUGGGCAAUUGCCCCCCCGCACCUGACGUGGGGGGUGCGGCAGGCGCACGCCUUCCUCACGUUCGCAACGUCCACCCCGAUGCAGCACGCUGCGGCGGUGGCCCUCCGGGCGCCCGAGUCGUACUACGAGGAGCUCAGGCGUGACUACGCGGUGAAGAAGAGAAUCCUGGUGGAGGGCCUGAAGGCUGUGGGCUUCACUGUCUUCCCGUCGAGCGGGACCUACUUCGUCGUGGUGGACCACACCCCGUUCGGGCUGGAAAAUGAUGUCGCCUUCUGCGAGUAUCUGAUCAAGGAAGUCGGUGUUGUCGCCAUCCCCACGAGCGUCUUCUACCUCGAUCCGGAGGAGGGGAAGAAUCUUGUGAGGUUUACCUUCUGCAAAGAUGAAGUCACUCUUCGAAGCGCAGUGGAGAGGAUGAAGGAGAAGCUGCUCUUGAAGAAAUGAUAAUAAUGCUUUGUGUUUUUCAUUAAUCUUAUUUCCAUUUUUGCAAAAUUUGUGAUCAAUUUGUAAGGAGAUAUAGCUAUUGACAUAUAUAUUAGGCAUUUGAAUUUGUAAUGUAUUGUUGUCGGAGGCAACCAUCCACAAUUUUCAUUGUAGUUCUGGAAUAAAUUGAAUUUUUUGAA